AUGCGAUCAGAGCAGAUCAGAAUUCACACGUGUCUGAAUAAGCUGGGGCUCAGGGCAGCUGUGCAGCCCUUCACCUUGGCGCUGAUCGGAAAGUUGCAGUAUUGCCGAAGCCAGGCCUCAAACACGGAGACGAUAAAGGUGUCAGUGCGGUGCAGGACCAUUCAGACCAGCGUCCUUUCCUACACCGCACCCGCACUUUGUGCUCACAACGAGGAAAGGUGGCACAACGGUCACGGACCGCCCCCCGUUGAAAGCUUGUACUGCACACCUAAAACUCGGGCUGCUAACUGGUUCCUGACAGACCUAAAGGAAGACUGGACUAUUUUUAUUUCCCUAGCAAUUGAUGAGUACAAGCCCCUAGAUGCCACCACAAACCCAUCUCUGAUACUAGCUGCUGCUCAGAUGCCAGCUUACCAGGAACUUGUGGAUGAUGCUGUUGCCUAUGGGAAAAAACUUGGUGGGUCAGAAGAGGAGCAGAUCAAAAAUGCUUGUGACAAACUUUUUGUAUUAUUUGGAGCUGAAAUAUUGAAGAGGAUACCUGGCCGUGUGUCCACAGAAGUAGAUGCAAGGUUGUCCUUUGAUAAGGAAGGAAUGAUUCAAAGAGCCAGGCGCCUCAUUGACCUUUAUAAGGAAGCAGGAAUUGGUAAAGAUCGUAUUCUCAUAAAGCUCUCUUCAACAUGGGAAGGAAUCCAGGCUGGCAAGGUUCUGGAAGCAGAGUAUGGGAUUCACUGCAACAUGACCCUGCUGUUCUCCUUUGCUCAGGCAGUUGCCUGUGCUGAAGCUGGAGUUACUCUGAUUUCCCCAUUCGUAGGACGUAUCCUGGAUUGGUAUGUUAUAAAUGGAGAUAAGAAAACCUACGAGCCUUCAGAGGAUCCAGGAGUGAAGAGUGUCACUAAGAUCUAUAACUACUACAAAAAGUUUGGCUACAAAACUAUCGUGAUGGGUGCUUCGUUUCGAAAUACGGGAGAAAUAAAAGCGCUUACAGGCUGUGACUAUCUCACUAUUUCACCCAAGCUUUUGGCAGAGCUCAGCAAAGAGUAUGUCAAGUUAACUCCCACACUGAGUGUAAAGGAGGCUCAGGCAUGUGAGCUUGAGAAGAUCCACCUGGAUGAGAAGGCAUUCCGCUGGCACCAUAAUGAAGACCAAAUGGCUGUGGAGAAAUUAUCUGAUGGGAUCAGAAAAUUUGCUGCAGAUGCAAUUAAACUGGAGAGGAUGUUAAAGGAGCGAAUGUUCAGUGCUGAAAAUGGAAAGUAGAAAAAUCGGACUUCUCCUGAGUGGUCAAGGCUGAAUGCGUGGAUCACCUGAGGUUAAAUGGAUGUACAAAUGUCUUACCUGUAAAAGUCUUAUGCUAUGUAUGGAUAGAUUUCUGUAUCGUGCUUUUUUUAUCAAUUUACAAAGGGACAAACAAUUAUAAAUUGUUGUGGCACUUUUGUCAAUACAUGCUAAUUAACACAG